CUAACAAUAGACUGACCAGCCAUAGGGUGCUGCAGUCACAUGUGUAAGAAGGGCUGGACUAUGUAUCCUUGAUGCUCAACUUGUUUGUGAACUUCAAGGAGCUGAAGUCUGUCGCUCGUCUCUGAGCUCCGUCUGUCUGGGUCACAGAGCUCAUCCAUAACAAAAUGUCUGACACAGAAGAAGUCGUGGAGGAGGAAGUUCAGGAGGAAGAAGUGCAAGAGGAGGCAACAGAUGAGUCAAAGCCCAAGCCUAAGUUUAUGACAAAUAUUACCGCCCCAAAGAUCCCUGAUGGCGAAAAAGUGGAUUUUGAUGACAUCCACAGGAAGCGUCAGGAGAAGGAUCUGUCUGAGCUGCAGUCUCUGAUCGAGGCUCACUUCAUCCAGAGGAAGAAAGAGGAGGAGGAGCUCAUCGCCCUUGUUAACAGAAUUGAGAAACGUCGUGCUGAGAGAGCAGAGCAGCAAAGGGUCCGCACAGAGAGAGAGAAGGAGAGGCAGGCCAGACUUGCGGAGGAAAAAGAGCGGAAGGAGCAGGAGGAGCACCGCAAGAAGCAGGAUGAGGACUUCAAGAAGAAGAAGGCCCUCUCAAACAUGACACAGCAGUACAGUGCUGGACAAAAGGGUGAGAGCAGAAGAGGAGGCAAGAAACAAACUGAGAGGGAGAAAAAGAAGAAGAUCCUGGCUGAUCGCAGGAAGGCUCUCAAUGUUGAUCAUCUGAAUGAGGAGAAACUUAAGGAGAAGGCCAAUGAGCUGUGGCAGUGGCUGAUGGGGCUGGAGGCUGAGAAGUUUGAUCUCAGUGAGAAACUCAAAAGACAGAAGUAUGAUAUUAACCAGCUUCUCGCCCGAGUCCAGGACCACCAGAGCGCCAAAGGUCGUGGCAAGGGCAAGAUGGGUGGCCGGCUGAGGUAAAGGAGCAGCCAGACAGGGAAGAGGCAGACCGUGACACCAGUGAUUGGCCCACGUUUCUAUUAUAUGUGUUUUCAUUGAUCUGUUGUGUUGGGUUACAAGUCAGUUAUCAUGAUAUCAAAACAAUAAAUAACUCAUUACAUCCA